UGCUCUUCACGUGGCCCCUGGCGAGGCCCAAGCGGGUUGCGCCGGGCACGCUCCCUCUCCCGGCUCUCUGACCACUAGGCGCCCCUGCGCCGCGCCAGGCGAUGGAGGAGGCGCAGGCGCGGGAGCUGCUGGGCUUCCUGCGGCCCGAGAGCCGCGCGGACGUGAGGAGCGAGGCGGCGGCGCUGGUGGCCGGGCUGACGGGCGGCGCGGAGGGGCUGCGGCUGGUGGCGGCGCGGCCGGCCUUGGUGGCGGCGCUGCUGGCGCUGGCCGGCGACGAGGACCCCCCCGCGGCCGCCGCCGCCCACCACGCCUCCCGGGCGCUGGCCCACCUGGCCGCCGAGCCGGCCGCCCACCAGGCCCUCGCCGCGGGGCUGCCCGGCCUGGUCCGCCGCCUGCUGCAGCCCGCCCACCCGCUCGCCCCCCUGGCCGCCGCCGCCCUCGCCAACCUGGCCCGGCACGACGACGCCUCCUGCCGCCGCCUCCUGGACGCCCUGCAGCGGGAGGGGGGCGGCCUGCAGCCCCUGGUGGAGACCCUCUGCCGGCCCGCCCCGCCGCCGCCCCCGCCCGCCCUGGCCGCCCUGCUGGCCAACCUCAGCCGCCUGCCCGAAGCCCGCGCCUUCCUCCUCCACCCGGACAGGUGUGUGCUGCCGAGGUUGCUGCCCUACACCCAAUACUCCGGCUCAGCCCUCCUCCGAGGGGGGGUGGUCAGGGUGCUCCGGAACUGCUGCUUCGACUAUGAGCGCCACGAGUGGCUGCUGAGCGACCAAGUGGACGUGCUGCCCUUCCUCCUGCUCCCGCUGGCCGGCCCCGAGGAGUUUCCAGAGGAGGAGAUGGAAAGACUGCCUUUGGACCUGCAGUACUUGCCCCCAGAGAAGCAGCGGGAGCCAGAUCCUGACAUCCGGAAGUUGCUCCUGGAGGCCGUUCUGCUGCUCACAGCCACAAAGCCGGGGCGGCAGGCGGUGCGACAGAAGGGCGCCUAUUUUAUCGUGCGGGAGCUGCACAAGUGGGAGACGGACCCGGGUGUCCUGGGGGCCUGCGAAAAGCUGAUACAAGUUUUGAUUGGUGACGAGCCGGAGCCUGGAAUGGAAAACCUUUUGGAGGUGGAGAUCCCUGCAGAAGUCGAAGAGCAGCUGCAGCGUCUGGACCAGGAAGAGGAGCAGCAGCAGCAGCAGAGGACCACCUCUGGCUCGCAAGCCCCCCCGGAAUAACGGGCAUCAGAGCAGGGAAGCUCUGGGCGUGCCUGCCUGCCGACACGGUGGUCGGGCUUCGUUGCCUGUCGGGCAGAACGCUCUGCUCUGCUUGGCGCUUGUCUGGAAUCAGCUGUGUGUGAGCAGCGGGCCUGCGAUAAUCCUUGCUCUGGAACUUGACUGAAUGGGCUGGCGGGCUGGCUGGCUCCUCCGGUCUGGUGGGAUGCCAGGCAGGGGUGCCAGUGAGAGGCAAAGGCUGCCCUGCGCCCUCUCGCUCCUGGCUCUGUGCAAAGCAGAGUCAACGCGAAGGAUGUGCAGGCCGGGGAACGGAGAGGGCUCAGGACCGUCCGAGCGGCCAGUUGGCCCUUGUCCUCAGGUGACCCCAAGUGGACCAGCAAUGUUCUGGAGGACUCACCAGCCACUGCAUCUGAAGUGCCGGGAAAAGUCAGUAGCAAAGCAAUUUAUUCAGAUGCGGCUGGAGUCUCUUGUUAGCCAAGGUGGCCUCGUUUUCCUGGCCCAGGGGCGCGUUUAAUUAUUUGAUGCCUCUUGGCCGCUGCCAGGCGUUUGCCCAGGGGGUCUGGUGACCACUGCAGGGCUCGGAAUGUGGAGGCUCGGCUGGCCCGGCAAGAGGCUGCCCAGCGGGCUCUGAGGGCUUGGCCUUGGGGUCACAGGGGGGCUCUGCCCCAGCAGGGAAAACGGGGUCUGCGUAAACGCCUUAAAACCCAAUCCAAAGUGCUCUGAAGAAGUUAGAGCAGCAAAUAAAAGCGAGUAACAUGCGAGUG